UGGGACAAUUCCAGAGAGUUUUGGCCAACUCUCAAAUCUAGUGAAUUUAGACCUUGAAGAUAAUUCCUGGGAAGGAGUUCUAGAUGAAACCCAUUUGAUGAAUCUUACAAGUCUAGAGAACAUCCAUCUGACAACAGAUUCAACAAGGUUAUUAGUGUUCAAUGUGUCUUAUGAUUGGAUUCCUCCUUUUACGCUUAAAUAUAUCCAACUAGUGAAUUGUAAAGUUGGCCCUUUCUUUCCCAAAUGGCUUGAAGUUCAAACUCAACUCAUUCAAGUAAGACUCAAUAAUGUAGGAAUUUCUGAUACCAUUCCUGAAGAAUGGUUUUCCAAGUUAUCUUCACAACUAGUGUUCUUAGAUUUAUCUAAUAACCAGAUUAAAGGGAAACUUCCUCAAAAGUUGGAGUCUCCAAAUUUACAAUUCAUUGAUUUGAGCUAUAAUGCAUUAGAAGGCCUAAUUCCACUUUGGACAACAAAUGCAACAGAGCUAUACCUUCAGAGCAACUCAUUUUCUGGGCCUAUACCUGAAAAUAUUGCUGUCCUAAUGCCAAGACUGCAAAAUUUGCAUCUCUCUGACAAUCAUCUAAACGGUACUAUACCAUCAUCCAUAUGUAAAUUGGAAGAGUUAAGAGUUUUUGCUGUCAGGAACAAUGGAUUUCGCGGAGAAUUGAUUGAUUGUUGGAGUAAUUUGCAAUCCUUGUUUAUUGUGGAAGCAUCAAAUAACUCUCUAUCAGGAAGCAUACCUAAAUCAUUAGGUUAUGCAAAAUCACUUACAUUGUUGUCAUUAAGCAAUAACGAUCUAGACGGUGAAAUUCCAUUUUCAUUGCAAAAUUGUUCAUCGCUGUCAAGCAUCGAUCUUGGAGGUAAUAGACUAUCAGGAAAUAUUCCUUCUUGGAUAGGACUAAAUUUAUCAAACAUUUUAGUCCUUCGCCUUCGGUCGAACUUGCUAGAUGGUCAAAUUCCAGAAGAAAUUUGCUAUCUUCCAUAUCUUCAUUUUUUAGAUAUUUCCAAUAACAAGUUGUCAGGUAUCAUUCCAAGCUGUUUGGGCAAUCUGACUGCUUUUGUCUAUGGAAAUAGCACUCACAGUGAAUAUCAGAAUGCCGUGCGACGUCUGGCGUACUUUAAGGAACAAAUAUCAGUUAUAACAAAAGGAAGAGAAUAUGAAUUUAGCAGUAACAUUGCAUUACUGAAUGCUAUUCACUUGUCAGAGAAUAAUUUGAGAGGUAAAAUUCCCGAAGAAAUAACAAGCCUCAAGGCAUUGCAAGUCUUGAAUUUAUCAAGAAACCAUAUUAGUGGAAGCAUUCCAGAGAAGAUAGGGAAUCUGAAUUUGUUGGAAACAUUUGAUCUGUCACAUAACAAUCUUUCUGGGAUAGUUCCUCCGAGCUUGUCCAAAUUAACAUUUAUGAGUCAUUUGGACUUGUCUUACAACAACUUGUCAGGAAAAAUUCCUACAGGAAACCAGCUUCAAACACUGAAUGCUUCUUCUAUUUAUGAGGGUAAUCCUUUUCUAUGUGGAUUUCCUCUACAAGCUCAAUGCCAUGGAGAUGAAAUAGCAAAGACAGUACCCCUUAGUUCUAAAGAUGAAAAUGAGUCAAUAUUGGCAGGUUUCUAUGUUACUAUCGGACCUGGUUUUUUUGUAGGCUUUUGUGGUGUACUUUAUGUAACUUUUAGGAGAAAAUAACUUUUGGAGACUUGUAUAAAUUGCAAUUUCCUUUUGCCUUUUUUUUAAAAAAAAAAAAGUUGAUUCUUAGAA